AGCCCCGGUGGAGGAGCGCUCCGGAGCGGCUCGCGACGGCUCCUCUACGGUCUACCUGUGUUCAGACUGCGAUGCUCGGCCGAAGCGCCGUCCCCCCCCCAAGGGGUCCGAUAGGAGAGGUAUAAAGGGAAAGAGCGAACAUGAUGAUGGUGCGCGAGGAGGAGUGAGCGGGAGCGCGGAGGAGUGAGUGAGGGGCGCGCGGAGGAGUGAGGGGCGCGCGCGGCAGGACCGGCAGAGAAGGAUGGCCGUGUCCUGGAGGAGCUGGACAGCGAACGAAGGGGCCAAACACAUCGUCAUGGUGCUGUGGCUCUCUGCGAACACUGUGCUCUUCUGGAAAACCUUCACGCUCUACUGUUACGGACCUCAGUACUAUUACCUGUACAAAAUGCUGGGGCUAGGGUUGUGCCUGAGCAGGGCUUCGGCCGCCGUCCUCAACCUCAACUGCUGCCUGGUGCUGCUGCCCAUGUGCCGUGCCGUGCUGGCCAUCCUCAGGGGCUCGCAGAAGGUGAUGAGUCGGAAAGCGCGGCGUCUGCUGGACAAGAGUAAGACCUUCCAUGUCGCCUGUGGAGUUGCCAUCUGCCUCUUCUCAGUGGUCCAUGUGUCGGCGCACCUGGCCAAUGUUUACAGCUUCUCGCUGCUCUACUCGGAGGAAUUUCCCUCCCUCAACAUCGCGCGCCACAAGGGAGAGGAUCCCAGAGUCAUCAUCUUCACCACCGUGCCGGGGGUCACUGGGGUGCUUUUGGUCUUCAUCCUCUUCCUGAUGUUCACAGCCUCGUCGCAUGGAAUAAGGGUUUGCAGCUACGAGAUCUUCUGGUACACGCACAACCUGUUCGUGGUCUUCUACAUGGUUCUCUUGGUCCACGUCGCUGGCGGUGCUCUCAAAUAUCAAACCAACGUGGAGGACCACCCGCCCGGCUGCCUCGGGUCCAACUGGACGGGGGGCUCCGACAACGUGUGCCGAGCGGAGCCCCACUUCCAAGCCCACUUUCCCCAGACCUGGCUCUGGGUGUCCGGCCCGCUGUGCCUGUACUGCGCCGAGAGGCUCUACCGCUACGUGCGCAGCUGCGGUCGUGUAACGGUGGAGUCCGUGGUCAAGCAUCCCUGCGGCGUCGUCGAGGUGCGCAUGCUGAAGAGCGGCUUUACCGCGAGGCCGGGCCAGUACAUUGUUCUGAACUGCCCAAGUGUGUCGUCAUUUGAGUGCCAUCCCUUCACGCUUACCACGUGCCCGACGGGAACAGAGGCCACGUUUGGAAUCCACAUGCGGGUGCUGGGAGACUGGACCGAACGCUUUGUGGAGCUGCUGCUUUCGGAGGACAGCGCCGAAACGGAGACUCUCCCCGUUGUCCAGCGGAGGACGUACCCCAAGUUCUACGUGGACGGGCCGUUCGGGAGCUCCUCCGAGGACGUGUUCAACUACGAGGUCAGCCUGUGCGUGGCGGGUGGGAUCGGGGUGACCCCCUUCGCCGGCGUGCUGCGCGCCCUCAUGGGCGACUGGCAGCACUACAAACUCCGGCGCCUCUACUUUGUCUGGGUGUGCAGGGAGCUCGGCUCCUUCUACUGGUUUGCGGACCUGCUCUGCGGCCUCCACCAGAAGCUGUGGCAGGAGAAUCGCCCCGAUUACCUGAACAUCCAGCUGUACCUGAGUAAGACGGAGGCCCUGCAGAAUCUGGCGGAGAGGCAGUACCAGGCCCUGAGCGCCCGGCUCCAGGUCGGACGCCCCAGGUGGCCGGAGCUCUUGGACGACAUCGGGAAGUCCAAUAAGGACAAGCGGGUCGGGGUGUUCUGCUGCGGACCCAAAGGGAUCUCGAAAGCGCUACACCAGCUAUGCAACUCGGGCCGCUCCUGCGGGACAACGUUCGAGUACAACAAGGAGUCGUUCGGCUGAGCCCGGGUCGCGAUGGGACCGGCGUUUGACCAGCGGCACCUCCCCGUGACGGAUUCUGCACAAACCACAAGACGAACGUUCCCCUCGUGUCGUUCCGCUUGGUUCGAGCAGGAGGGGAGCGGAGGAGUGAACGGUUACCGCGGUGAGCGGUACGGUCCAAUCCGAAGGCUUCAUUUCUUCAAGCGUCUGGCGUCUUACGGGCGACGUAGGGGAGGACAGGACUCGGGGACGUCUGGCGUCUCGCUCGGUUCACGUCGACUUCCUGUUCUCUCAAGGUGCAGAGAAUUUCCACCCCAUGGACACAAGUGGAGGACAGAACCUUCUGGAAGGACUCUGGAUACGCGGUCACCAAAAGAUGACAUUGACUUGAUGGCACAUAACCAAAAACAACUGAUUCUGACAGCAGUACAGACUCAUUGUUGCAGUGAUUUUUUUUUUUUUAUAAUUAUUAUCUUAUUAUUAUAUUAUAUUAUUAUAGUUGUGUCCCUUUUAACUUGUCCCUCGGCACUGAGCCCCCUCUCGCUUGCCGUGUCCAUUUUGAACACGGUCCAAUGUGUCAAGCGUCCAGUCUGACACGGUGGAUUCUGGAGCCAAUGGAAUGGCUGCGAAUGAAUCUGGAGGGAAAUGGAGGUUACUGUGUGAGGCUCCGCCCCCCAGGGAGCACCCCC